AUGUGCGCCCGCGUGCGUACACGCCCGCAGGUCGCGUGCCGUCGUCGUUUCGUGGCCGGGCCGGAGCGUAUGUCGCCCGCCGGUAAUUACCGUAGGGGACGGUGGCCCGUCGACGGUGACACCGGCAAUUAUUGCGGCACGCGAGCUUGCUUCCGUUUCCGAUCGGACACGGCUUCCCACCGACGCGCUCGAUUCACCACCGCAUCGAUACCUUCAGUAGCAGUCGUGAUAGUUCUGUUCGGUCUUCAGCCGACUUCACAAAAGGCGGUGGAGGUUCUCAAU